AUGUACGUUCGAUGGGAAGCAUGGCCGUCUAUGUACAUCAUCAACACGUACGAUGCAGUGCGCGUUGAGCAGCCCGCUGGACGACGUCGCAAAACGCCCUCGCACGGUGGCGCGGAAGAGCUCUCCUCUUUAUCAUCGCUCCUCGUCAUGGGACCCGGUGGCCAGCAGCUUCUGCUUCUCGUCUGCAUGUUGUUGUCCGGCCUGGAUGCGCGAGGACAUGGACAUUCAGAUGAAUCGACCCGUGUUAGAAAUAACCUUCGGAUCUCGCCUUUCUCCAUCCGCAUCAUGGAUAUUCUGGACGCCACGCUCGAAUGGCAUAACUCGGACCAUAUCGUCGAUCGCCGGUUGGACGAACUCAGAGCUUUCCAGAGAUGUAUGUCGCCUUCGCAUGCUAGCUUUAUCGAUCAUCUUUUAAGCGGAGGUGGGAGAUGGUCCGAGAACAUGGAUAUUUUCGCUGGCAGCACCUCCACUUGCCGUCCAGUUUUACCGCAAGAUACUCUCGGCCCCUCGAGCUAUAGAUUGUGUUGCGCCUUGAACGGAAAGAGUCUCCUCUUGGUUGGCCCGGCCAGCAGCUAUCGACGUCACGAUCAGCUUCUGCAAACCUUGGUAGUACAUUCCAACGCAGAAUCGACGCCCUGUCCCGGAUCCGAGUUUUGCACCUUUCAUCAAGUAUGCCAGCGUAUCGAAGGCCAUAGUCGGGAAGAUGGACGUGGAGGCCGAGGAGACAAAAAGCAAGGCUCCAGAGUGUCCGUGCCCCCUUCAGCCAAGGAACUAGCCGAAUCCCAAUCGGCCUUGAUACGCUACACGCUCUCGGACUCCCUUUAUGCGCCAGACGAUACCAUCAUUGUCAAUGACCCAAUGUUUCCCGAUCCACGCCUCGUACUCCCAUAUGUCGAUCCAGACACGGGUGUUCGAGUGAAGGAGACCCAUUGGCUCUUCAAGGCGAGACGCGCUGACGUUAUCAUCAUAUCCCGAGGUCCGGUGCCCGCUCCCUCAUGGACGUACGAUGGAACCAGAAGAGGAAACUGGACCUUCGUCAAGGCUCUGCAUCUGGAUUCAGGCCGGGCUGGGCCAACGCCCUCCACGCUUCUGGAGCUUUCAAGAGGGGCGGCCUCGAAUACAGAAUGGCUUCUCUAUGCUGCGCUCGUGGCGACCACCAGAAAAUGGCUGCCUGAGGUUAUGGAUACCCUCAAGUCUGUAGAGAAGAGGCUGAUCGACCCUAGCAAGAUUAUCAUAUGGGACUCGGGUUGCAGUCGUCCGGAAUCGUCGAAGUACUAUGAACCGAAAACGCUUGCUGAGCGGAUCGUCGAGGAGGAUAUAAGCGAUCCGUGGCUGGUAUACCAGGAGCAUCAAGGUACUAUCCCAUUCUGCUGCUCAUAUACGCUCAAGGACCUCCUGAUCUUCAGCGUACAUGCAAACCUACUUGAUGUCCAUGCUUGCGCUCGCUUUGGUCUCACUUGGUUUCCUCCGACACCAUGCCAUCCCAACCGGCCCGAACCGCAAGUCGAGGGUUUCGAGCGUCUGUUCGAGGAAUUGCUUUUGACCGCACUGGCCUUCCGGCCAUGGUAA